CGACCCUACGCGUACGGUUUUUCACUCCAUUGGCACGUUGACAUGCGCAGCAUCUCCGAACUCGCCUUCGCCUUCGCUCGUUCGCGCGGGUCGUUUUUCACUCGGCCCCGACGGUGGUGUUAAGGAACCGCGUCGCUGCACGAGCGCAUGCGACGGUGGUUCCUUGAUCGAUGUCACUUGGGGUUCGCCACAUGGCAGUGUCCCACUCCGAGGCCAUUUUGGCUUGUGAAAGGAGGGCCUUCUAGGCCUGUGCACCAUGCCGUUGACCAUUGACCCUGCUAUCAACAUGUGGGACCAGGGCAGGUGGGAUCUGUUCCAGGAAAGGUUGGACCAGAGAUUUGAGACAUCUCAUGCUGGGCUGAAGCUCGGCAACUCAAGCCCGUGGAGCGUUGCGAUGCCUGAUCCUCUCAUCAGCCCCAGCUUUCUACCUGAUCCCAUGGAGGAGGCGGCCUGGUCCAGCCACUGGAGUGAGCCGAAAUAUGUGCGUCUCACCCAUCCAACCGAGCGCGUGGACUGGAUGCUCGAUUCGCCUCACCCUCCUCGUGCCGUCUCCACGAACGUCGUGCCGCCAAUACGUGCGUUGCACGCGCGUGCCGGAAUGGCGCCGGGCGCAGGACGCCCUGUGGCGCCGUUGGAUGGCGCGCGCCCGGAAAGGACGGCGCCAGAGCACGUGACCCGAGCGGCUACCGGAGGCACUCCAGAGGACCCUGGUCUCUCAGGGCAGCGAUUGAAAAGAGUACUCCAUGUGAAGCAAGCACCGAUCUACAAGUAUGCCGAGUGGUGUUCGUAUUGGCGUGAGACCGGCAGGAGACCAGAAGAUCCUGCGACCCCUCGCUCAGAGUUGACGAAAUCGGAGUUUGACAUUCAGUAUGGAGCUUGGAGGAAGGCUUUGGUGGAAGGCCCACCGCGCAGCCGGCGCUAGGCUGGGGAAUCCUGUUGGUGGAAGAGACUUCUUCAAACCUCCCCGUGACGGCGUGGCGUUUGGCUCGCGUGCGGGGAGGGAUGCUGCAAAGCCUCGGCAAAAGGCUUUGGAAAAAAAGAACUGUGCCCAGCACAGAGCAUGUAUGUUACCACCUUGUGCUGAUGAUCUCAGUGCAAAUUCAACUGGCUCAGUGCUAGUCAUCUUGCGAGAGACCACGAGGCGAGGACCCUAAAUUAUCUAAAAAACCCUUGCCAUCCUUGCCUGAGUCUAGUGAACUGUUUUUUUUGAUCUUCUGACCGACCGCAUGGGCGACCGUGUUGAAGAUCCUCGUUUUGCACGGUGGACUGUUGGUACAGAGCCAUUUCAAGGACGAGCGUACGAGCGCCACCCGGAAAA